CCUGUCCCUUUUCUCUUCUGUACCAUGAGCGCUCCCUCCGCCCCUGGUGCCACUCAGCAGCCGCAGGAUGCCCCCAAGGAUGUGGUUGAGCUGCCCGGCUCCCAUGUCCCGGGGAUGAUCCCUACCUCGGUCGUCGUGCACCCGCUGGUGCUGCUGAGUGUGGUUGAUCAUUACAACCGUGUGGCCAAGGGCACCACCAAGCGCGUUGUCGGUGUGCUCCUCGGCCAGUGGAAUGGGUCCACCAUCGACGUGUCCAACAGCUAUGCCGUCCCCUUUGAGGAGGAAGGACAGGACUCGUCCAUCUGGUUCUUCGACCACGGCUACCUUGAGGAGAUGUGGCACAUGUUCCGCAAGAUCAAUGCUCGCGAGAAGAUCAUCGGCUGGUACCACACUGGUCCGGCUCUUCGGUCCAGCGAUCUGGCCAUCCACUCGGUCAUGUCGCGCUUCUGCCCGAACCCGGUGCUGGUGACGAUCGAUGUCAACCCCGAGUGUGUCGGUCUGCCCACCGAGUCCUUUGUGGCCAUCGAGGAGGUUGAUGACUCCAUCAAUGCCUCCACUUCCUCCGAGUCUGGGCCCUCCUCGCGGAAAACCUUCACCCAGGUGUCCACCGAGGUCCGUGCCACUGAGGCCGAGGAGAUUGGUGUUGAGCACCUCCUGCGCGAUGUCAAGGACAAUGCCGUUAGCUCUCUUGCAACCCAAGUCACCGAGAAGGUGUCCUCCAUGCGCAGCCUCCACAACCACCUCAAGGAUAUUGCCACUUACCUGCAGAUGGUUGCUGAUGGACGGAUUCAGCCCAACCCCGUGGUGUUGACCAACGCCCAGGCACUGCUGGCCGGCCGGCCGGAUAUUUCCGGCUCGGAUGCCCUCUCGGCUGCCUUCACCUCGGCCGGCAAUGACGCCAUGCUUGUGCUUCACAUUGCGGCCAUGUGCCGGUCGCUCACCGCCCUGCAUGAUCUGAUUCGCAACCGCCAGAAUGUGGCCAGCUCCGAGCAGACCCUGGCUGCCGCUGCUGCGGCGGCGGCGGCCGAGCGUCCUGCCGCCACCCCGAGCACCGUUUAGACGGACACGGGAUAGCUGGCCAGUCCCUGUGGAUGAGCAGCUGCAAAAUGAGAGCAGCUCCGGCUCUGCAUCAAACUGCCCCUCGUCUCCCUCUCUCUCCCUCUCUCGGCAACAGUUGCACCCCACAUAUCGCAUAAAUCCCCCCUUUCAAUCUCGCACA